AAGAAAGCAUACCCCCCCCCCUGCCGACCCUCCCUGCUCCCCCACACUUUUUAUAUAUUUUUUUUUUCUCCCCCUUUGCUGGUGGUUCGGACAUUUAAUGUAUUGAAUGAACUGGAAUUGCUUUCCGUGUGAGGAGGAUGGUUGCUGUUACUCUGUGAUGAGAUCGGGAAUGAAUUGCUCGGUUUAAAAAUGCUGCUUUGGAUUCUGUUGCUGGAGACGUCUCUUUGUUUUGCUGCUGGAAACGUUACAGGGGACGUUUGCAAAGAGAAGAUCUGUGCCUGCAACGAGAUAGAAGGGGAUUUGCACGUAGACUGUGAGAAAAAGGGAUUUACCAGCCUGCAACAUUUCACUGCCCCAACUUCCCAAUUUUACCAUUUAUUCCUGCAUGGCAAUUCCCUGACUCGACUUUUCCCUAAUGAGUUUGCUAACUUUUAUAAUGCGGUCAGUUUGCACAUGGAAAACAACGGUUUGCAUGAGAUUGUUCCUGGGGCUUUCCUUGGGCUGCAGCUGGUGAAACGUUUGCAUAUAAACAACAACAAGAUCAAAUCGUUCAGGAAGCAGACUUUCCUGGGGCUGGACGAUCUGGAAUACCUCCAGGCAGAUUUUAAUCUGUUGCGGGAUAUUGACCCAGGAGCAUUUAGGGACUUAAACAAGCUAGAGGUGCUGAUUUUAAACGACAAUCUCAUCAGCACCUUGCCCCCCAAUGUGUUUCAGUAUGUGCCGAUCACCCACCUCGACCUCCGGGGAAACCGUCUUAAAACCUUGCCUUAUGAGGAGGUCCUGGAGCAGAUCCCAGGCAUUGCUGAAAUCCUGCUAGAGGAUAACCCCUGGGACUGCACUUGCGAUCUGCUGUCGUUGAAAGAAUGGCUGGAAAACAUACCUAAAAAUGCUUUGAUCGGCAGAGUGAUUUGUGAAGCUCCCACUAGGUUGCAGGGCAAAGAUUUAAAUGAGACUACAGAGCAGGAGCUGUGUAAAAAGAACAGAAUAGAUUCCAGCCUAGCUGCUCCCCCUGCCGAAGAAGAAACCUGUGAUCCUGGUCCCAUUCCAACCCCCUUUAAAAUACAUGGCAAAGAAGACCCUGCCACGCCAGGAUCUACUCCAAACGGAGGUACAAAGAUUCCUGUCAACUGGCAAAUCAAGACCAAACCCACUGCUGCUGUGUCGACGGUGAGUGCAAAGAGCAAGGUACCGGCUACCUUUUCCUGCCCGCACAUCUGCAGCUGUGAUCAGAUCCCUGGCUCAGGUUUAAAGGUUAAUUGCAAUGAUAGAAAUGUGAGCAGCUUGGUGGAUUUGAAGCCCAAGCCGUCCAAUGUGCAGGAGCUGUUUCUGAGAGACAACAAAAUACACACUAUCAGGAAAUCCCACUUUCUGGAUUACCGAAAGCUUAAUUUACUCGAUCUGGGCAACAACAACAUUGCCACUGUUGAGAACAACACCUUCAAGAACCUCUUUGAUCUCCGAUGGCUCUACAUGGAUAGCAACUACUUAGACACCCUGUCCCGGGAGAAAUUUGCUGGGCUGCAAAACCUGGAGUAUCUGAACGUGGAGUUUAAUGGGAUACAGAUGAUCAUGCCUGGCACCUUCAAUGCAAUGCCCAAACUGAGAGUCCUCAUCCUCAACAACAAUCUGCUGAGGUCUCUCCCAGUAGAUGUGUUUGCCGGGGUGUCGCUUUCCAAGCUCAGCAUACACAACAACUAUUUCAUGUACCUCCCGGUGGCAGGGGUGCUGGACCAGCUCACCUCCAUCACCCAGAUCGACCUGCACGGCAACCCAUGGGACUGUACUUGCCCUAUCGUGCCUUUCAAACAGUGGGCAGAGAUGCUGCGCCCCAAGGUGAUUAUGAGUGACCUGCGGUGUGAGUCCCCUGAAGAUUUCUUCAAGGAGGAUUUUGAGUCUCUCUCCAAUGAUGUGAUUUGCCCUCAGUUAAAAAUCUCGCCCACAUUAACUUCUACUAACAAAAACAGCACCGGGUUGACGGAGACAGGUACUCACUCCAACUCCUACUUGGAGACCAGCCGGGUCUCUAUUUCGGUGCUAGUGCCAGGGCUUCUGCUGGUUUUUGUGACCUCUGCCUUCACAGUGGUUGGCAUGCUGGUUUUCAUCCUGAGGAACAGAAAGCGGUCCAAGAGGAGGGACGCAAACUCCUCUGCAUCUGAAAUCAACUCCUUGCAGACAGUCUGUGACUCGUCCUACUGGCACAACGGGCCCUACAGCGCCGAUGGGGCCCACAGGGUGUACGACUGCGGCUCCCACUCCCUGUCGGACUGAGGCGGCGGGCGGGGCGGGGGCAGUCGCCACCCGUGACUGGCCCUUUAAGCACCGGCCGGGCACAGCUCUGCACCUCCGCUGCGACCUUUUGUGAGAAGCGAAACACACAGACACACGCACGCCCUUCCUCACGACCCCCCUAGCAAGCGCCGAGGCCCAACGGGCGGCGAGGGAGCCCGGCGCCGGAGCGCAUCGC